UCAUGGGGCCCCCGGGCAAUAGGGGAUCAUGGGGCCCCUGUGUCCUUGGCCACACUCAAACCACACCCAAAAAAGCCUAUGAAAGGUACCAGGGGCAUCUCAUGGGGCCCCCUACUGACCCUGGGCCUUCGGGCAGUGCCCGAGUUUCCAAAUGGUCAGUCCGCCCCUGCACUAUAUACAUCAUUUUUUGGAGGCAAAAUCAGAAGAUUCCUGCCGCUGUCAUUUGCACUUGCCUUGAUUGCCUCUGUGAAUGUAACCUAAAGGCUUAAUGCAUACAACAUUAACAUAAGAAUAAUCU